GCGACGCGAGGCCACGCCCGUGCUGGAUGCGUUUGAGACGGCGGCGGCGGAGCAGGCGCGAGCGGCGGCCGUCGCCGCGGCGCACGAGGCACAGAUGAGGCCCAUCGAGGCGGCGCGCGCGGUUGGCACGGCGCUGGACGAGUCGCUCGCCACGGUGCGGGGCGGCGGCCCCAUGCACUCCGCCUCCCACCCCCUCGUCGCCGCGCUCGCCACGCUGGACGGGGCGAUCUCGCACGUCGACUCGCACCCCGAGCUGCAGUCCGCCUCGCUGCGCGCCGAGCUGCACGCGCUCCGCUGCCGGGCGCUGCGCGCCGUGAGCGUGCAGCACGUCGCAAAGCCGCUCGACUCCGCCGUGGAGAAGGUUCUCCUCGAGGGGCGCAGAGCCGCAGCCGCAGCCGCAGCCGCAGCCGCGGCGCCCGCAGCCGCCGCGGCGCCUGCAGCCGCCGCCGCGGAGCCGGGAGGUCGACCCCACGCCUCGCAUCCCGCCUCGGAUCCCGCCUCCGCCUCGGCCGCCCCGCCGCCGGCCGUUUUGCAGCCCGGCAAGGCUGCGGCCAAGGCUGCGGCGGAGGCGGAGCUUAUCUUCGUGCGGCUGGCGGCCUCGCUCCGGCCCUGGAUCGAGGAGCUCGAGGCUCGGGCGGCGGAGCACCAAGACUACGCCGCAAUCAUGGCCGACGCGCGCGCCUCAUACUGGCGCUGUCGCCACGCGCUCGCCGCGGCCGAGCUCGCCGCCCGCCUGGCCGGCAUCGCGCGCGACGAGGCGGGCGGCGCGGACCACGCGAUCCGGCGCUGCUGCGGAGAGGCGAUGCUCGCCGCCGCGUCAGAGGCCAAGCUCCACGCCGCCUUCUUCUCCCCGCCGCCGCCGACGCCCACGCGCCGCAGCUCCUUCGUCGCGCAGCCGCUGCUCGGCGAUGCGCGCGAGCGGCUCACCUUUCGGCUGCAGGCGUGCGUGCGGGACCAGAUCCGGCAGUACAGCCACGCCGCACCGGCGGCGCGCGCGUCGCUGCGUCUCAUCUCUGGCGACGAGCGCGGCGGCGGCGGCGAGGGUUCGGCCCCCGGGAGGCGGUGGUACCCGACGGUGGAGCUUGGGCUCGACCUGCUCGGCAAGGCGCACUCCAGCACUCCAUGGAGCGCCUUUGCCGUCACCACAAAGGCGCUCGAUUUCUCCACCACGCGGGCGAUGAUCCGGCAGCUCGCUGGCGCGCGCGGGUCGCUCUCCGCUGUCGGCGCCGUGGUCGGCUUGCUCCAGCGCGCCGCGCCGGCCGUCGUCGAGUCACAGUCCGACGCGAAGGGCUCCCUCGAGCGCGAGUUGAAGCGGGCGUGCGAGGCCUUCAUCGCAGACGCAACCACGCCCGCGGCGCUCGACACGCGCGUGCGCGCCGCCUACGUGCGCAUGUGCGGCUACCUGCACGAGCCGGCCACGCGCGCCAUCCUGUACGGCCCCGUCAAAGGAGCGGUGCUCGACGCGUGCGGACAGCUGCAGACGCUGCUGCACGCCACGGGCCAGGCAGAGGAGUAUGAGCCCCGCCUCCGUGCGCUCGCGGCUAAGCUCGAGGCGAUCGAGGCGGCCCCCUCACAACCAGCCGCAGAGGCGCCGCCGCCGCCGCAGGCGGCGCCAAUCCCCGAGGAGGCGGGAGAGUGAGAGUUGCGAAUGAUAUCAUAACGAGACGCGAGAGCGUCUGUGGCAUGUGGACACGUGGCGAUCGCUAGCCGCUUCCUCGAGCACAGGUCGUCGGCGCGCCACAGGCGCGCCGGCGCAGCCUGUGAAUCAGCCUGUGUCGGUUGUGGGGACGGUGGAUAUGUGUGUGUGUUCGACUUGCCCGCGCGACUCUUGAUUGCUUUUGCGCGUCGGUACACGUCGCACGGUUGGACGGUUGUGGCGUGCGGACUGCGGAGUGGUGCGCGCCCCUGCGCGCCGCGGUGGUUUUUUGCCCGAGGUUCAUGAAACGGUAUUAGCUU